UUCGCCGAGGCCGACCGAGAGAUCGCCGGGCUGGCCAACCGCUGGGGCUGCCCCGUCCUCUCCCUCGACAGCGACUUCUGCGUCUUCGACCUGGCGGGGGGCUACUGCCCCCUCAGCCACUUCCACUGGCAGGGCGUCUGCGCGGGCGAGGGGCCGCGGGGCCGCUACGUGCCCGCUCUCUGCUUCUCUGUGGAGAAGUUCUGCAGGCACUUCAGCCACCUGAACAAAAGCCUGCUGCCUCUCUUUGCCGUCAUGAACGGGAACGACUACGUUGACCUGGCAGCGCUGGAGGUGUUCUUCAGCAAGGUGCGCCUGCCGAGGGGGUGCGCCGCCGGGAAGGCGGGGAAGCACCGCCGCCUUCAGGGGCUUCUGACCUGGCUGGCGCCGGUUGCUGAGCCCGCCGAGGACAACGUCCUGAAGCACCUUAAGAAACACCAGAGAGAAGAAAUAAGGGAGCUUCUGUUUGCUUCAAUGGAGGAUUAUGCUCCAUCCGACGUGAACCUCGAGGACUUUUUUCAGAAUGGAAAGUAUGAAUGUGAGGCUGCCAGGAAAGCAGACUUACCACAGUGGGUACUCGAUGCUUUGGCGGAAGGUAAGCUGGCCCCAUUCAUCAGCGAUGCCCUAAUACUAAGAAGUACCUUCCUCCAUGUUCAGGUGGAGAACAUGCAGAGACCUAGUGCACAUAGCACGGCUUUGCCCAUUCGACGAGUUAUCUAUGGACUGCUUCUGAAAGUAUCUCAAAAUACUGAAGCUGCUCCGAGUAAGCAGACCAACGAGCUGCCAGUUGUAUGUGAAUUUGACAGACUCCAAAAGACGCUUAAAAAAACAUUUGUUCAAGCAGCAAGCCUCCCCACAGAUUUUUGUGAUGAUCAUUUUCCUUUGGACAAGUUAAUGGAGGUGCCCCUGUCAUGCCGUCAGAUGCUUUUGCUGGAGACUCUCGGAGUGAAAAUGAGUUUCCUAGAAUCUGUGCCCAGUCACUUACAACUCCCUGUUGCUGUAACGUGUUACUGGCUAUGUCGUUCAGAACCAAAAGUUAAGUUGCAUCAAUUAAAGGCUUUACUUCUAAUGAUAGUCUCUGGAGAACUUCACCGGAUAACAAAUGAUCCAGGCUUUACUCUGGGACCCUUGUGCACAGACUGUAUCAAGAGCUUAAAUCAACACCUUCAGUGGAAAAUCUGUUCAGUUUAUCUCCAAAAAUGA